AUGGUCUCUAGUGGGGCUCAGAUCCCACAAUCAGUCUGCAGUGAAUCCUGUAAUCCUGGAACAAGGAAAGCUGCUCGGAGAGGACAGCCAAUAUGUUGCUUUGAUUGUGUCCCAUGUUCUAAAGGGGAGAUUAGCAAUCAGACUGGCAGUAUUAACUGUUUCAGAUGCCCAGAUAUGCAGUGGCCAAAUGAAAUACAGAGCAUGUGCAUACAGAAAUUGCUCGACUUUCUAUCUUAUGAAGAAGCUUUGGGUGCUGGUCUAACAGGAUCUGCAGUGGCUCUCUCCAUAAUUACUGCCUCCACCUUCUGUACCUUUGUUAAGCACCGAGACACUCCAAUUGUGAAAGCCAACAACAGAGAACUCAGCUAUCUUAUCCUUGUUUUUCUAUUUCUCUGCUUUCUCUGUCCCUUAGUAUUUAUUGGCAAACCCACAGAACUUAACUGUCUGCUUCGACAAACUGGUUUUGGUAUGCUGUUCUCUUUGUGUGUUUCUGGGAUUCUGGCUAAAACCAUUAUAGUUGUUAUUGCUUUUAAAGCAGCAAAUCCUUAUAGCAAUUUAAGGAAAUAUGUAGGAUAUAGAACACCCUGCUAUAUUGUUUCCAUUGGCACACUGAUGCAAGUUACUAUAUGCAUUAUAUGGUUGACAAUAUCUCCUCCAUUUCCUGAGAUGAAUAUGAAACUUGAAGAAGGAAAAAUUAUAUUACAGUGUAAGGAAGGGUCAGAGAUCAUGUUUUAUUGCAUGCUAGGAUAUCUUGGCCUUCUUGCCAGUGUUUGUUUUGUUGUUGCAUUUCUGGCAAGGGCAUUGCCAGACAGCUUUAAUGAAGCUAAAUUUAUCAGUUUUAGCAUGAUUGUAUUUGUGAGUGUCUGGUUGUCUUUCAUCCCAGCUUACAUCAGCACAACCGGAAAGUAUAUGGUAGCUGUAGAGAUAUUUGCCAUCAUGGCUUCUGGUGCCGGAAUAGUUAUUUGCAUAUUUUUUCCUAAGUGUUAUAUUAUUCUAAUAAGACCAAACUUAAAUACUAGAGGACAACUGCUGGGAGGUACUAAUGCCUCCAAGAUUUUCAAUUCAAAAUCUUAA